UCUGCCAGAUGGACGUUGGAAGCCGCAUUUAACUUCUCUCUCUGGAUACUCUCUGUGCGUUUGCCAGUAAGCCCUUCAAAAAGUCUUUUUUCGUUUAAAGGAUGUCAACAACUGGGUUGGACCGCCGAGUAACUCGGAUGGGUCGAUGAAGUCCGUGACAAUCAAUGCAGACUCUACGUGCGGCAACGACUGGGUCUGUGAACAUCGCUGGCGACAAAUAAGGAACAUGGUUGUCUUCCGUAAUGUGGUAGACGGUCAGCCUUUCUCAAACUGGUGGGACAACGGGAGCAAUCAAGUAGCUUUUGGUCGCGGCAACAGAGGCUUCAUUGUCUUUAAUAAUGACGAUUGGUAUAUGAAUGUCGAUUUGCAAACGGGGCUGCCUGCCAGUACCUACUGCGACGUUAUUUCUGGACAAAAGGAAGGCAGUGGGUGUACUGGAAAGCAGGUGUAUGUUUCCUCGGAUGGCAAGGCUAAUUUCCAGAUUAGUAACAGUGAUGAAGAUCCAUUUGUUGCAAUUCACGUUGAUGCCAAGUUAUAAC